CCUUACUUUUAUUUCAAAAUUUCGAUCGGUUUGCUUAUAUUUUUCUUUUGCCGACAAAUGUUUUGGUCUUUUUAUUUCCACCUCCGUGUUCCAAUGUCUUCCUAACAUCUAUGAGCUUAUCGCUUCUUCUUUGUUCUUGUUGCCUCCGCUGUGGGUAUGGUGCGCUGUGCGGUGAUGGCUUGGUCGGCUGCUGAUGGGAGGGUUAGAGAUAGGCUUCUGGAGGGCAAACCAGCGACAGAAAUUUGGGAGAAAAAAUUAUGUGUUCUUGGUUCAUCAAGCGUGUUGUUCUUCGGUCUCACUCUCAAAUUUGAGGUUGGCCAUCCGUUCGGAUGUGAGGUCUCAAAGACGAAGAACAGAAAUUUCUGGGGUAGCCUUCGUCUCCGAGAAGAGGAGGGUGUUUGUGGUACUGGGUCAAGUUGUUGAUCCUUUGUAUCUCCCUCGGCCUGUUGGCUGCGGUUUAUAUCAAAUGGGUCGGACCCUUUUUCAUGGAUAAGGUCGGUUUUCUAUGUGAAUUUGAUUGCUCCUUUUGCCUUUAGUUAAGCAUACGUGCGUGUAUGAGACGUAAGUUGUAGAAUUGAGGUUUUUGCACAAUGGAUCCUCGCCGUGAAUGGGCCAAGGGCUAAUGAUUAUGAUUUUUAUUUGAUUUUUUAAAACUAUUUUCCCGUUGGGAUUGGGUCACUUUUAAAUGUGCACACCACAUCAUCAUCAAAUUCCUUGGGUAAUUAUGUUCUAGUUGUAACUAUCGAAAAAAUUAUGUUUCUAUUGUAAUAUUUGGGAUUUUUGUGAAGACGGCUCUUAUUUUCAAUGGAGAUUGCUUUUAUCUUGCAUGUUAAGGGAAGGAGAGUUGUAAAUUAGUAUGUAAAAUUGGAUAGUUUUGGUGAAGUAAGAAAUUAUGUAGUAGAUUUUUGGAUUAUAAUUAGGGGGUUCCUUCUUGUGGUCUAUGUAUAAUGAAAAUGUGACAAUCUUACUGAUAUCAAUAACGUGGUCAUGAUAAGUUACGAUAAGCAUUCAAAUCUGCUAAAUUGGACUUUUUAUGCAUUUUAAUGGUGUUGGCCGAGUUAUAAUAUAAAGUUGAGACAAUUCCGAAGUUAAUAUUGUAGCUGUUGAUCUUGCUCUCUUGGAUAUCCUAUAUAACAAGGGUCAUAUGUACCUGUUUGUUCAUCAUAUUUGCUUUUACUCGAACAUAUUUGGAUUUGAGACAAAGAAAAUAAUCCCUUUCCACGAAGUCACUAGCGUACGAAGGGUGAAGACAGCAGGGAUCUUCCCUAAUGCCAUAGAAAUUGUUACUGGAAGCAAAAAGUAUCAGCUGCAAUGUCUUAAUCCAGUUAUUAUUUGGCAGAACUUCUUUGCAUCUUUUCUGUCCCGCGAUAAAGCUUUCAAGAUCAUACAUGAUGGAUGGUUGAAUCAUAGCAAUGGUGCCAAAGGAGCUACAGAACAGCAGGAAUCAGCAUCUGAAUCAAGCAGCCAGGAGAAUGGAGGGGUUCUAACUGAAAGGGUCAAGAGAUUUGAAAGCCCAGCCCAUGAAUCAGACUCUCUUGACAGGAAUAAGGAUCCUCCUGUAUUAAAUGAUUCGCCUAUCAAUGUUGAAGAUGAAACGGUAACAACAACAACUUCAGAGCAGCAAGAUAAUGUAGGUGAUGCUGAACCAGUUCUAAAUGCCGAACCUUCAUCUUCAGAACAGACUUUUAUUUUGAUCAUUUUCUUUGAUUAAUAAUCAAACUUAUGCCUCAGCACUAGGCAAACGUCUCAAUUUUAUUUUGUCAAAAGUUAUAACAGCAUGAAGAUUUAUUUUA